AUGGCAGUGCAACUUGGUGCAAAUUUAAGACAUGGUGCUGUGAGUCAAGCCAGAAAUAUUGUUAUUCCAGCUUAUACAGUAUUUGAUGAGGACUGCUCUUUUGCUGAUGGUCAUCCAACUGAUCAUGUAAUAAAUUUACCAAAUGCCAACAUUGGUCAAUCUGUGGUGGCAAGUGGGGUUCGACUUGGUCAAGUAAUAUACUGGCUCAAGACUAACUAUUUAACCAUUACUGCAGAAAAACAACGAAUGAUCUUUGGAUCAGCAGUUCAGGGUAGUGAUCCUGUUGGUCAUUUCUAUUCAAAAUUGUGUAAAUUGGCUAGACUCGCUGGCAUUGAUGAACAACAAAUUCGAUUACAAUUUCUUCAUGGCAUCUCUUCUGAUAAUCAAUUAGAAAUUCGAUGUAUUGGAAUUAACAGGCCUGUUUUUGAAUUGCUCACAGAACUUGAAGAGAUUGAAAGAUAUAAGGCUGAGCAAUUAUCUGGAGCUUACCUGUAUUCAAACUCAGAUUCAAAAAAAGCUCAUAGAAAGGAUAAUUACUCAGAUAUGACCGAAACUGAAGUUAGAAACUUGAUAAAAUCUAUAACAACACCCGCACAAACCCAACCUGUUUCUUCACAAUUAGUUUCUCAGAAAAUACAACCAACACAGCCAUCUAAAGCUUAUUAUGGACCACAACCCCCAGAAAUGUACCAGACUAUACGAGAUACAAAUAUUGAAUUUAUUCCUAUUCCAAAGCCUGAUUUACCCCCAAAACCAAUAAUAAAAAAGAGUAAAGUUGACUCUGAUGAAGAGCUAGCUAAUCAUAUAAGUAAGCUAUCAAUAAAUGCAGUUGUAAAUAAAGCUAUGAAAAAAGCUAUGAAGACACAACACAGAUGUUUAAAGUGUAAUAAGAUUGGGCAUCGUUCAAAUUCUCCUAAAUGUCUGAGAAAUAAAAAGAAGAGCCAGUCCAGAAAGAAAGGUAGUGUCAAUAAGGUUUUUAUAAAUUCCAAUUCUGAUACUAAUUAUUCUUCCAGUAGUGAUUCUGGAUCUGAUUCCUCCGAUAAUAAAUCUGAGUCUGAGAAGUCUUCAUCUGAAGAUGCUUACAUACCUAAAUUAUCCUCUAAGAAGAAAUCUAGUCCAAAAAAACUUACUUUACAAAAGAAAUCAGAUAUGAUUAUUGACUCACAAAUUCAAAAAAUUAUUCUAGCUAUGUUUAAUGAUCUAGAGCCUGCAAAAUCUGACUUUAUAAAUUAUCAAGAGCUGGCCCCAGAAAUACCCGAAUCCAAUAGUGAAGAGGAGACAUUGAAUGAUCCUAUAAAGAUAGAUUUUGUUCGAAGAAAGGAACCUAUCACAAGCCUUGCAACUAUACCAGUUAAAAUCAAAUGCUUAAAAAUUCCAGCAUUGGUACUAGAUAAUGAAGCUGAACCUCUAAUUAUAUCAGAAAACAUUGUUAAACAUGUAAAUUGGCCAAUUGAUAAAUCAGAAAAAUAUAAUCUUAGUGGGGUUGCUAUAGUUCCAACAGAAUCUAUUGGUAUUGCUUGUAAUUUUCCAAUAACAUUUCCUUCAGGUUUUACUAUACGUAAAGAUUUUGUAGUUGUAUAUGUCUCUAAACCAACAUUGAUAUUUUCAAACCCACUUCUUAAGAAAUAUAAAUGUGCUAUAGAUUGGGGUAAAGAUGAGUUGAAAAUUCCUUUUAAUAGAAAGGAUCACAUUAUUCUAGUUACUAUGCACAAGGUAAAAAAUAAUCUUGAAGUAAAUUGUGCUACUACAUCUCAGAAUGAUAGAGAUGAAGUCCCAUUGCUUUGCAAUAAGCCUUUGGUAUCUGAUCAAAUUUCUCAAGAGGCAGAUAGUAAUGAGAGUGAUAAUGAUCCAUUGGAGGAAUGGCAUGCUCCUGCAGGUUUUAGACUAGAUUCUGAUAAUUUAACUUUAAAAAAAAAUGUGUAA